CUAGCAGUUUAGUUUCUGCUUUUUUUCCCUUGGUGCGUGGUUAUUUGUCUUGAAAAAAAAUUUUAAUAACAUAUAUUUCCGACACAAAUUAGUGUUAUUUGUUAUGUUGUUAAAUAAUAAUCGAUUGUUCUUAAUAUAAAGUAUCAAAGAAUAAGCAGUAAAUUGUGCAACGUCUAUUGUAGUUAUUUCAAUCGGACAUUGGAAUUCGCCAAUUUGCCCCUGUAGAUUAACAAUGGCCGACACAGAAGGCAAAAGAUUAACCGAGCUUCGUGUUAUAGAUCUUAAAAAUGAACUCGAACGACGGGGCCUUGAUAAAACUGGAAAUAAAGCCGCUCUUUUAGAACGACUAUCAAAGGUUAUUGCAGAGGAGGGUCAUAAUCCUGAUGAUUAUUUAAUAGUUCCAAAUGCACUAAAUAAAUCCGGAAGAAAAAAUAGUGGAACAGGUGCACAAAGUCAAGAGGAGCAAAUGGACACAUCGGACAUAAAAGUCGAAGUUUCUGAGAGUUCAGAAGGCAUUGAAGAAACUAGUGCGGAAAUUACUGAUGAAAAUAUAAAAACUGAAGUUGAUGCAGCAGUCAAAGAUGAAGUUAAAGACGAAGAGAUGAAUGAUACAGAUGUAUCUCAAAAUGACAUAAAAUGCGAAGUCGAGGAGAAAAAAGUGCAAAUAAAAGAAGAGGAGGAGAAAAAGGUCCAAGUAAUUUUGAAGGAGGAACCAAAAAUUUUGAAUAAUAAAGAAUCGUCACAAAAUACGGAAUCAACAACGACUGCUGAAACAAAUGGCAUUGACAACGAGGACUCGAUUAAUCUCACUAUUGGAGAAGAUGAGGAAAAUCUCCUUGCCGAGGAGACUGAGACGCCAGAUAGGCAGAAGGAUGGUGGAGUGGGAGAGAGGAAGAGAACCCAAGAUAACAAGAAGGGAGACUCUAAAGGGAGCGGUAGACCGGAUGGCAGCGCCAGCAACAAGGACGGGAGCACUGGAGCAAGCGCCGGGACCAAGAGCAAGGACGCCGGUGAAGGAGGCAAGAGCGGAGAUUCGAUCGGUAAAGGACAAAAGCGAGAUGACAAAGAUAAAAAAUCGUCGCAAAAUUCAUCGAAUGCGAGCAGUCGAAAUUUAUGGGUGUCGGGACUAUCGUCGACAACACGUGCGACAGAUUUAAAGCAAAUAUUUUCCAAGUAUGGAAAAGUUAUUGGAGCAAAAGUUGUGACAAAUGCAAGAACACCGGGAGCACGUUGUUAUGGUUAUGUGACAAUGUCAAGCAGUGAGGAUGCAUCGAAAUGUAUCAGUCAUUUGCAUAGAACUGAACUUCAUGGACGAUUUAUAUCGGUAGAAAAGGCAAAGGGUGAUUCUCAACAGAGUCAUAUGCGAAAGAGAGAUUCGAAUAGCAGUAAAUCGGAGAAACCAAAGGAGGAGAAAGAAAAGUUGAAAGACAAUCAUCAGGAUAUCAUUGAGAAGAAGGAUAAUAAAGAGGAGAAGAAAAAGGAGUCUGAGGAAACGGAAAUUGGUGUUAAGAAAAUAGACGCGAAAGUGGAAGAUUCUGAAGAAAAGAAGACGGAUAAGGACGCUGAAAAGAAGGACGACAAGGAAAAAGAAUCGGACGCACGUUCAACAAAAUCAACGAGCAAAAAACCGGAGAGCGAGAGAGGAAGACGUGACGAAAAACGAGUUCGAUCAUUUGACAGACACAAAUCUCGCAGUCGUUCUCGUAGCAGAGAACACCGUCGGCGCGAUGAUGUUCUCACUUUUGCAAAAAUUCGAGAUGAACGUGACAGGCAGAGAUUGCGCGAGAGAGAGAGACUUCUUCGCGAGGAGGAACGUCGCCGUCGUGAGGAGGAGCAUCGUCGUCGUGAGGACAUUGAACGACAGCGUGAAGUUGAACGCCGUCAGAGGGACGAGGCAGUGCGUCUCGAGAGAGAGCGGGAGAAAUUGCGUCGCGAACGCGAACGAAUUGAACAGGAGAAGGCGGAAUUAUUGCGCUUGGAACGUGAACGUCAAAAGCUUGAACGUGAAAAAUUGGAGCGCGAGAGAUUGGAAUUGAAGAGGCAACAGAUGCGCUUGGAGGAGAGUCGUCGUGCACCACCACCGCCGACAAUUAAAAGAACGUCGAGCGAUCGACGCGAUUUGUACGCGGAGCCCGAGAGAAAAAGAAUGACCACUGAAAUUGGACGUAGACACAGUCCCGAGAGAGUGCCCGAGAGACGAUCCGAUAUUAUGGAUCGUGUUUCUGAUAGACGAAUGGAAACUUCGCCCGCCACCAGAUACGAUACAAGCAGAUCAGCACCAGAUAUUGGUUUGAAGAAGGAUUACAAAAGAAGCAGUGAAUUUUCGUCUCGUAGCAGUCGACCGGAAACUUUUACUGAUGUUUCUCGAAGUAGAGAGGUGAUUGUUCGUCGUGAACCUUUACCAACUCCAUCACCAACAAUCGAUCCACGACAAGUUAAAGACAGAUAUGAACGACCAAGCGCUGCGCCUUACAGUCGCGAUCGAGAUGUUCGACGAUCAGAUCCAGAAUCUCAUCGAAGUUCACGAGACUCUCACGGCGGUCGUUACAAUGAAAGUUCCAAACCACCAGGAUCGAAUGCACCACGCGACAGUCGAUACGUGGACAACAGUCGUCCAGGUGGAUGGCAUUCCGGACCACCUUCUGCAAAAUCUUUUAAUUCUGUUCCAAGUGGCGGCACACGCGAUCCACGCAAUGAAACUUCCGGUUGGAGCAGUCGAUCCUCCGACAACGUCAACAGAUGGGGUAAUUCAAAUAGUGUGGGAAAUGCACUGAGGCAUCCUGGUCCACCGAUGUAUCAAGGAGGACCGAUGCAAUCUUUGGGAAUGUCCGCACCAGGAGCACCAGCAUCCUAUGACCGAUUCGAUCCUUACAAAGGAUCAAUGCCUAUGCGAAAAUAUUAAUUUUAAAAACAAAACAAAAAAAAAAAAAAGAUAAUCGAGAAUGAAAUUAUAUUUGAGCCUGAGAAGUCAGAAUUUCACCAAGAGAAAUUCACUCUACAAAUGCCAGUCACUAAUUUCAUAAAAAAAAAAUAUUAUAUAUAUUAUACAUAUAUAUAAUAAAUAUAAAUAUAUAUAAAAAUAUAUGUAAAUUAUACAUAUAUUAAUAACAUAUGUCUGCAUCUUACAUAUGUUAUCCUUCAUUUUAAAUCACUCGAUAAAGAAAAAAAAACUGAAAAUAUAAGCAAUUAACUAAAUUUUCAAGAAAAUGAAACAUACCAAAUUUUCAGUUAUUGCAAUUUUUUCUUUUUUUCUUAAUUCAUGAAGAAACAAAAAAAAUUGACACUGAAAUAUAUCGUAAUAGUAUUGCGAGAAAGAGGAAACGAGCUAAAGAAAAAAAAAUGUAUGAAAGAAAUAUUGUGCAGCGACUGUUAUUUACAUAAAUUAACAAUUUCUAUUUCUAUAUUUAAUAAUUAAUAAUUAAUAAUUCGCAGAAAGUUUGUUCCUAAAAUAGGAUAUAUUAGAUACGAUAGAGUUUCUCUAGAAAUAAUUAUUCUUCGUCUUCUUUUUUUUAAUACUAGCUUUUCGAAUUUUUGGGGAAACUUUAUAAUCUAACAAAAAAAAAAAAUAAUUAUAUCAUUUGAAUUGUUCAAUUUAUACAAGAUUUUAAGAUCCUGACAAUUCUUAUAUUAUAGAUUUUGUACAAUGAAAACGAAAACAAAAAGUGUCAUCUUAUCAAAAUUAGUUUAGAUUUCGUUUAUAUAUUUGAUUUCUUUUAGUUUUCUUCAUCUAGUGAGAGAAUUGUUCUCUUUUUUAUUGAGUUAAUUUUUUUUUGAAGAAAAUGAAUUUAUUUUCGGAGAUAUUUCAAGUUUUAUUUUGGAUUGCAUAGAAAUAUCACCGGCGAUUUGCAUUUUUCUUUUGUUUUGUGAUUGGGGAGUGAGAAAAAAAUAGAGAAUAUUGUAUUAUAGUCUAAGGCCCUCCAAGCUUAAUAUCAUUUUGCAUUAUUAUUAUUAGGUUGUGUAUACAACGUGAUGUAAAGAGUAUCUUAAAUAAAUUUAGGAUAACUGCAA